UCCUAUUCCUUUCGCCGAUUGCCGUCUCCCACAUCCGACGUCUGGCACUUUGGUGUUUCUUCCAUAUAGGUCUUCAGCAAGGCUGCGCAUAUACGUCGAACACCAUGGCGUCAUUCAUCGACCGUCUGUUCCCUCUGGAACAGCUUGAGGCUCUUGGUAACAAAUGGCCCGAGUCAGCCAACAAGAGGAGGAAGUUGGACUCUAGUAUCAACCAGACCCAGACUCAAAGUCAACAACAGCAACCUUCAAGAAGACAACACAGUCAGUCUGUUUCGAUAGAUCCAAGAAGUCAUCGUUUUUCACUCUCCAGUCAACAUGGCAGGCCGUCUGCUCUAGCGCAUGUCAACAAGCCGACAAGCACGUUGAAGAGAGCCAACACAGAUUCCAUGGCUGCUCGCCCGACCAGACCAACACCAAACAUCAACAGCAAUCCUACAGCAAAGUCAUGCCUACCAACGUUUAUCGAGCCAUCCAUACUCAAGGUCUACCUACAAAACCUCCAUCCGAAGGAUCGACCUCGAUACUCAGUUCCUACCAGCCCCAAGGCUGACAGCCAACCACACGAGACGAAGCACGCGACGCACAUCCAGCACGAAGAGUAUGUUGCGUUCUCUCCUGGAUCCCUGACCAGCGACUCCGCAUCCCCAGCGUCGCUAGGAGACACUUGCCAAACACCUCCUCCAGGAAUUUACGCGCAAUUACGAUCCGGUCCGUUCAGUCAUUUGAUCGACGGUUUGCGGCUGACCGACCACGAGCGCGAUCUCAUGCAAGACCUAUUGAAGCCUACACCAGAGCCGAUUCCUAUCUCGACUGCAGCACCCGGCCAAAAACGGAAAGCGCCAACAGACUUGGAUGUGGAGAUUGUGCCGGACGACUUCUACACCAUUGACCAGAGUCUGCUCGAGAAGAUGUUCCCACCUUUUGUCAAGGAAACAAUCCUGCCCUCAGGGUACGAAUAUGUUUCGAAUAUCGAAGCUACUCGGGAAAGCGACGUACAUUCUUCUGGGUUGAGUCCGGUUUUCCUGGAAGAAGAGGACGAGAGCCCAGCUGGCAUUGUUAUGCCUGCGAACGAUCCUCUCAGCGUGGAUGACUUUUUCGACCUGGAAGAGGCGGCGUCAGCUCUGUCACCAUUGACGUUAUGAGACCAUGUACAUGAAUGCUAUCAGCGCGGCGUUGGGCAGGUACACAGUAGUGAAGUGUGGAAAACAGGGCUCAGUGAUUGCUAUAUUCGACUCGGGAACUUCCCU